AAUUUUACACACACACCCCUCCCAUGUUUCUUAAAUGUACUUUCCUUUUUUGCUUUUUAUGUCUCAAUGGUGUGCUCUCCAAUCAUCAUUACCGUAAACUCCUCCCACGCCCCUAUUCUUUCUCAAGCACACAAAUCAACACAUCCAUUUCAAAAGAUAAUAAUAACAACAAAAAGAGACAAUCUCUAAACCCAUAAUCCAUUUUCUUCAAACACAAUUCCUCCUCAUAAUUUCACAAAAAAUAGAAAGAAACUCGUAUGUUCAAACUAAAAAAUUCAUUCAGCCCUUAUCGCUUCGAUUCGGUAAUGUGAUGCAUCAGAAGAAAUCGGAGGUGCAAAUCGGAAAAGAAAGCGUAGGCGUCUCUUCCGAUUUCAACCCAACACCACCAAUUCAACACAACCAUCAACAAACCUCUCAACGUCAACACCUCUGUCCACGUCAUCACUCCAUCGACAUCUCCCCAACAGAAAUCAUCACCCGUCCUUCUAACAAACUGCCUUUCAAACCGCCGCAAAAUACGGCCUUCCAUCAUCUCACCCUCUCCGCCUCUGCCGCCACCGCCUUUCGCAUCAUCCGCCGUCUCAAGAAGCACCGUUCUAUCCUCUUCAUCUCUCUUCCUCUUAUCUACCUUUACCUCCACGCUUCACGUUCUUUCUUUCUUGAUUUUCUCACCGCUUUUGCUUUUUCAACGGCUUUGUUGUUUUCUCUUAAUAUAGCUCUUCCUUCUCUACGUUCCUUUCCUCUUCAUCUCAAUUUGCAUAAAAUUCGUUCCUCUUCGUCGUCUCAUUCACGAUCUCCCCCUCCUCUUCCCGUUUUCUGGACCAUAGGAUCCCGACCCAAGUCAGAGAAACGCCUUGGGUCGGGGUGCUGGGUCCAGGUAUUCGGGAACGGGGACGUUUACGAGGGGGAGUUUCAUAAGGGGAAGUGUUCAGGGAGUGGUGUUUAUUAUUAUAGUAUGAGUGGGAGGUAUGAAGGGGAUUGGAUUGAUGGGAGGUAUGAUGGGUAUGGUGUGGAGACAUGGGCAAGGGGAAGUCGUUAUAGAGGGCAAUAUCGACAAGGAUUGAGACAUGGGUUUGGUGUUUAUAGGUUUUAUACUGGGGAUGUUUAUACUGGAGAAUGGUCUAAUGGACAGAGUCAUGGGUGCGGUGUUCAUACUUGUGAAGAUGGGAGUAGAUAUGUUGGAGAAUUUAAAUGGGGUGUUAAACAUGGCCUUGGUCAUUAUCAUUUCAGAAAUGGAGACACAUACGCGGGGGAAUACUUCGCGGACAGGAUGCAUGGAUUUGGGGUAUAUCGUUUUGCAAAUGGCCAUCGAUAUGAAGGAGCAUGGCAUGAGGGAAGAAGGCAAGGGCUUGGAAUGUAUACAUUUAGAAAUGGUGAAACCCAAUCCGGUCAUUGGCAAAAUGGAGUGCUUGACAUUCCAAGCACACAGAACACCACUUACCCUGUUUCUCCUGUUGGUGUCAAUCAUUCCAAAGUACUCACUGCCGUGCAGGAAGCAAGACGAGCAGCAGAGAAAGCCUAUAAUGUGAGCAAGGUAGAGGAAAGAGUAAACAGAGCAGUAUCAGCAGCUAACAGAGCAGCCAAUGCAGCUAGAGUAGCUGCUGUCAAAGCCGUGCAAAAGCAAAUGCAUCAUCAUGUCAACAAUGAAGGUUUCCCAAUUCCUGUCAUGUAACAUUAUUAACUUCUGCGUUUAUAUUAGUAGAGAAGUUUGAGAUUGUUGAAGAGGAGGGUUGGUAGCAACACUAGUUCAUACAACUUCAUGACCAUUGCGACCUUCUCUUUAGCAUUAUGCUUUCUUUGAAAGAAAGCAGAUCUGUUAUCUAUCUGCCACGGUCCUUGUAUAGAGGGAGGAUGAGUGAUAGCAUAUUUAUAGAUAAGUUUUUUCAAUUUUGCCCCCUUUUACUACAAUUUUGUAAAAUUAUAUAGGUGUAAAUGCUGGUGUGCAGGUAAAACCUACCAGCUACUGUUGUAUUAUUAUGGUUUGGUAAGAAAUAAGAAGAGAAACAUAUAUUAUAUAAUAUAAUUUUAAUUUUUCUCAACUUCAA